UGGUUCUGUUCGUUGGAAUAUCGCGAAUAUUGACCCCAGCCAGCGUGGGCCGUUAUUCGUUGGUGAAUUGCGUGGUUUUGGAAGGCGAAACGCCAUAGCUGAAAUCCACUGCCAGUCGGACGUACAGCUGUGUGUGUUGCUGGUGUCGUCGAAGCAGCGAGCAACAGCGGGGGCACAAUCCGGAUUUUGUUCCGGGUGUCUCGAUCCGAGUUUCCUGCCGUGUGAACAUAAGGUCGCUUACGAGACGGCAUUAAGCACCGUGCUAGCGGUUUUUUGUGAUACGGUUCGUUCGUUCCCAGCGCAAACUCUCCGGUGGACAUUGUUGUGGUGCGGAAAGUCAGUCGAUAGAAACACCUCCUAUAAAACACAGGCAGCUUCGGUGGUACAUCCCGAUUUGAAUAACCCAACAACGCAGCCCCGAAGAUAGCUGCUGCUGACUCGUCGGCGUGGCGAGCGGGCGAAGGGAAUGAUGUGGUGAACCGUCUUCACAUCGCCUACCGUGCACACACAGCGCGGCGCCGCGGUCUGCGGCCCACUGCGGUUAGUGGUCGUCGUGCUCUCGGGCUCAGUGCGAAUCGGAAAACGGGCCAGCGCGGCGGUUCGCGUUCACAUCGCGUAACCGCAUAGUGGAAUCGAUCGUGAUCGUUUCCGAAAGUGCUCCUGCAAAGGUCCUGACCAAUCGGUAAUCGUUAGUGUGUAGUCGUGAGCGUGUGCGUGUAGUUAGUGUUUUGUAGUAUCCCGAUGAUACCACCUCCCCCGUUAGCACGGAUCUGCAGUAAGUGAAGUUCGCUUGAUUGGUGGCGGGGCUGGGCAGAAAUACUACGUCGCAUUUCACGCAUUAUUCCGCACACUCGUCGUGUCGUGGUCGUCGUAUGCGCGCGCGUGUGUGUAGUCGAGCGUGCACAACGGAGCAGAGCGUGUGUGCGAUUGUUUGUUUCUUUGUUCCGUCCGCCUUGAGUGUUUGUUUUGCUGGUAGUGUCUUGCUGCGCUGGUGCGGCUGCUAGUACCCCCACUCCCGCAUGUAUGUAUGUAUGUGCAGCCAGCUUCCAGUUGAAAUCUUGCGGAAACCGCGUCAGAGUUGCACCGCGAGCCAGCUGGAAAAUGAGGCAAAUCGAUAGCAACAACAUCGACUACACAGCUUACUAGCCGUAACAAUAGCAAUUGCGGUACAACACAACUACGGCAUCGGUCCUACCUUCCUCCUACUACUACUUCCCCUCCUCCUUUUCCUUUUCAUUGCCAAACACCUUUUCAAACAUCGUCUUCUGUUGGAUCCCGCCUGCCUGUCCGCACACCCACCCCGCGUCCGCCCAUUACAUCCAAGAGCAUAAUGGUGAGGAUGUUGGCGCUAGCGAUGGUGUUGAAUAGAUGUGGCAGCGGCGGCCGCAACAUCCUCAACAUGCUCCACCAGAGCCGAAGGGUGUCGGUAUCGUCGUGAUAGUGGUGGAAUCGCAGAUUAGCGAGCGGAGCAGAAGGGAAGCCGCUAAGGCGCCUCGAGCAUAGCAGCGCAUGAUUUAGCAUAAUUGUUCAUUGUGCGUGUGUGUGUUUGCACCGCGUCGUUUGCAGUAGUAGAGGUGGCAAAUCGAUUGUCUCCGAUUAUUAAAGCUAGCCAGCUGGUGGUGUAGGCGUUUGAGUUGAUCGCAUCGAUUAUUCGAUCGGCUUGCCGAUUUUACCGACGUGAGCAGCGCGAAACGCAAAACAAUUUAUACCGCGUGUGGCCGCGUGCUGCGUGUGGGUGUGCGAAAGUGAUAUUCACGGAAGCCGUUCGUUCGUUCGUUCGUUCGUGCGUGCGUGUCAAAUAUUGUGCUUGUUUGCAUAUCCCUUCGUGUGCUUGUGUGUGGUGAGAGCGGUUGCUUGAAAGGUUCCUGAUUGAUAAGAAUGUGCGAUCGAGCGCAUCAUCGCCAUCACCAUCAUUACCAGCAGCUGCAGCAACAUCGUCGUCGGCGUCACCAACGGCAGGAGUUGUCAGCAACAGAAACGUCGCCUACUACAGUGCCCGUUACUACUACUACUACCGCUAGUGCUGUCGAUAGUGGGUAGACGCGGCGCAGCAGCCUGUGCAUUGUAUGUUGGUGUGUAGUCAGGGAGGGAAAGCGUUGGAAAAAUAGUGAAUUGUCUUGGAGUGCCGCGGUUGUGCGAAUUAUACUCCCAUUAGAUAGUGUUUAUUUGAAAAAGAGAAAAAAGGUGAAGCGGGUGCAAGUGUUGUAUCCAUCGGUGAAUGUGCGAGUGCGUGCGUGUGCUGUGCAUCCUCCAGUAGCCAGCAGUCGAGUGCUACGCAUUGUUGAUACGCCAUUGAAGUGAGUUAAGGUGCCGCAAGAACAUCGCAUCAUCUUACGCCCGUAGCCUGUUGCCGCCGUCACCACCAACAUCGUCACCGCAAGCUGCAGUUGUCCUCAACAUUCCGGAGUUACUAUCGAACACACGUACACAAACACACUGUCAGCGAGUACACCUCACCGUUAUAUCCCUGGUCGCCGGAAAACCUGGUCACCGUGUUCAU